GCGAGUCAGGGAAUCAGAGAAGGAACCGCGUAAGGGCGAGGAUUGCUGUUUGUCGUUAGCCAGCCCCAGAGUCGUUUGAUCGAAAGGGAUACACCAUGGAAAACAAUCCUGUCAUUGGCAUAGAUCUCGGCACCUCCUACUGCUGCGUUGCUGUAUUUUUCGACACGGAGCGGAUCCAGAUCGUUCCAAAUGACGUGGGCAGCAAGAUAACCCCCUCCUACGUGGCGUUCUCUGAAAAGGAUGGUUGUCUGGUGGGGGGGGCUGCGAAGAAACACGGGUUGGAGUAUCCGGAGCAGUGCGUAUUCGAGGUCAAGCGGCUGAUGGGCCGAUCUUUCAGCGAUCCAACACUCCAUCUGGAAGCAAAGAGAAUGCCCUUCAUGCUGUCGUCAGGCCCACUGGGUGAUGUGGUUGUUGAUAUCUCUGAGAAGAAAUUUCGACCUGAAGACAUUUCCGCCUUUUUGCUGAAGGAGAUGAAGAGGAUGGCUGAGGACUACGCCAAUUUCCGGCCGAUUAGAGAUGCGGUCCUCACUGUACCAGCGCGCUUCAAUUACCGUCAGAGGAAGGCUACGAUGGCUGCAGCAGCCCAAGCCGGAUUGAAUGUGUUACGACUGAUGAGCGAGCCGACGGCCGCCGCGCUGGCGUACGGCCAUGAAAGCAUGAGAGGGAGCGGGCGGCAAGAGAGGAAAGUCCUCGUCUUCGACAUGGGCGGGGAAUCGCUGAACGUGUCUGUUGUCGGCGUGAAGGUAGGGUCUCAAAACGAUUUCAGCUUUGUAGUGAAGACAGGUAUUCGAGAGUCUCAGCUAGGCGGUGCGGAGAUAGACGAACGGCUGUUUUACCGUGUGGAGGGGCAGCUCCGACGUCACCCUCAAGGGAAGGAUGUGGGGUUCAAGCCGCUCGUUGCGCUCAAGCCAAGGAUUCGCGCAAAGCUGAACCAGCUUGUCGUGCAGGCCAAGCACGAUCUGUCCGUCAAAACCGAGACACAGAUCGACCUUGAUUGCGGUGGUGAAGAUAUCCUCAGCUUAAGAUUAUCCCGAGUCGACUUCGAGAAACGUAACCAAGAGUUGUUUUUAAAGUGCGUGUUGAUCGUCAUGCGUGCUCUUCGUGAUGCGAAGAUCGGGAAGGGCGAGAUCUCGGAGGUGCUCCUGGCAGGCGGAUCCACAAGGAUCCCGGCGGUGCAGAAGAAUCUCACCGCAUUCUUCGGCAAGCCGCCACUCAAGUCGUUCAACCCCGAUGAGGCUGUGGCAUUCGGAGCUGCCGUAAUGGCGGGACAGCUGGCCAGAAGGGACAAGUGCAAACAGGCACCCACCAUAUCCGUACGCCAUCAUGAUGACAUUGUGACGUCUGUGAGCAUCGGGGUCGACACGAAAUUUGGGAUUAUGCGUGUCGUUAUCCCCAGAAACUCCCUCCUUCCAGCCAAUGGAACUGCGGAGUACGGCUUACCAGACGGCGAGGGUGAAGCUCGAGUCAAGUUGUAUGAGGGUGAAAGUGCCCUGUGUGCAAAUAACUUGCCUCUGGGGGAGCUCGCUCUGGACGGCUUCACGUUAAGACUUGAUAUUAAGGACGUCGUUGUGCGGUCCUCGGAUGCGGCGGGGGAAACCGAUUGGUACACGGCAGAAGCAAAAGCGGAGGACGUCAGGAUCUGGGAGGCAAGAGAGUCGAUGAAUGCCGUGUGGAUGCUCAUUGGAAAGUUGAGAGAUCAGCUUUCAUGCCGCGAGUGCCAUGGUGAUCUGGAGAAGCAUGUGAAUGAGACCAUGGCAUGGUAUAUGGGGCUCGAGGAACUCCCGUCCAAGCGGGAGUGCGAUAAGAGAUACGAAGAGCUGGAAAGCCUGGCAAAGGUUCAUAGCCUUGACGUGGUCUAGUCAGUAACACAGUCAGACACUGAGAGACAUAAAGCCCCUUGCAAAGACCUCGA